AUGUAUUGCAUCAACCUCUCAGGUCUUCCGGGCCGGACGCUGGGCAGAAGCGCUGUCAGUGGGGUCGAGUGUUUUCGUCUCCGAGCGACCAGCCAGUCGACGAAUGAAUGUAGCGCAGCCGUCCGUGGACAGGUCACUGAGUUUGGAUCCGCCACCCGUCCUCCAGGCCAGACUGUGUGUGUUUUGCCCUUCCUCGGCUUCAUGGCCACUCCCAGCAGGGAAUUUAGGUUGCUUAUGUUGCUCUUGGCGGUGUACAUGUUGUGA